AUGACGGCGGCGUCGGGGGGGGGCUCGGUUCAGUUCCUGGCCCUGGGGGACUGGGGGGGGGUCCCGGACCCCCCUUUUGUCACCCCACGGGAGGUGGCGACGGCGGCCGCCAUGGGGCGAGCGGCCUCGGAGCUCGGCGCCGACUUCGUGCUCGCCCUCGGGGACAACUUCUACUACGAGGGGGUGCGGGACGAGUGGGACCCCCGCUUCCAGGACACCUUCGAGCGGGUGUUCACGGCCCCGGCGCUCCGCUCCCUGCCCUGGUUCGUGCUGGCCGGGAACCACGACCACGCCGGCAACGUCUCGGCUCAGAUCGCCUAUGGGAAGCGCUCCCCCCGCUGGCACUUCCCGCACCCCUACUACAGCCUCCGCCUGUCCCUGCCGGGCACCAACGCCUCUGCUCGGCUUCUGCUGCUGGACACGGUCCUGCUGUGCGGUGGGGGCAGCGAUAGCGACGACGGCUAUCCCGCUGCGCCCCGGGAGCGGGCGGGGGCAGAGGCGCAGCUCGAGUGGCUCCGGCGCCGCCUGGUGGCGGCGGAGCGGGAUCGCUUCGUGCUGGUGGCCGGGCACUACCCGCUCUGGUCGGCGGGGGAGCACGGUCCUAGCGCCUGCCUCCGCCGCCUCGUCCGCCCGCUCCUGCGGAGGCACCGAGUGAGCGCCUACAUCUGCGGGCACGACCACAACGUGCAGUUCCUAUGGGAGGGGGGGGUGGGCUACGUGGUGAGCGGCGCCGGGAACUUCAUGGAGGGCUCUCGACGGCACGAGGGGGCCCUGCCCCCCGGUUCCCUGCGUUUCUUCUAUGGGGCCCCCGCGUCCCCCGGCGCCUUCGCCCACAUCCGCCUGGAGCCCCACGCCGCCACCGUCACCUUCCUGGAGGCCACCGGGCGCCUCCUGCACCGAGAGGUGCUGCCGCCGCGGCACCGCUGAGA